AUGGGUCUGAGCAGUUGCGUAGUUCGUGACAUCGCCGUCCUGAUCCACCACCAUCUAGAGACUGAAAAACCGCAACUGCUGUUCCUCACAGAAACGCAGAUCAAAUGUCCAGCCGACGCAGCAUACUUGUUCUACCCUGGGUAUACACUGGAACACAAAUUCCAAGCCCGGGCGGGAGUCUGCAUCUAUGCCCGCGAUGACAUUUGCAUCAAGCGUCUCAAAUGCCUGGAGGUUCCUGGAUUCUCUGUAAUUUGGGUUUUGGUGGACACAGGCCUAGAGAAAUUACUCUAUGCCUGUGUUUACCGUUCGCACAGCGGUGACCAUGAGACAACCCGGCUGUUCGACUACCUCAGCCAAUCAGCUGAUAAGGCACUAGCCCGAUACCCCUCUGCACAGUUGGUGAUUUUGGGAGAUUUCAAUGCACAUCAUCAAGAAUGGCUCUUCCCAUAUCAGGUGACCGAUCACGCUGGGAGAGAGGCACGUAAACUAGCUCUGACACUUGAUCUCUCCCAAUUGAUAGACUGUGCAACCAGGGUCCCGGACGUCGACACUCACACAGCCAAUUGCCUAGACCUUGUGCUGACAUCAGAUCCAGACAGAUAUUCCACCAUGGUUGCUGCUCCUCUUGGAACUUCUGACCACUGCCUGGUGAAAGCUGUAUCGUCAUACUCCCCAUCCGAUCGUGGCCCUUGUGGAGUAAGAAGAGUAUGGCGAUACAAGUCAGCAGAUUGGGACGAGAUGCGCCAGUUUUUCGCAUCUUUUCCUUGGAGGCCGGCUUGCUUUUCUUCUCAAGAUCCAACGAUUUGCGCCGAUGCCAUCACCGAGGUUAUACGUCAGGGUAUGGAAUUCUUUGUUCCCUACUCAGACAUUGCCUCAGGUAGCAAAGCUCGCCCUUGGUUCAAUGCUGAUUGCCGUCAUGCUGAAGCGUGUAAGCAGUCGGCGUUUCUGGCAUGGGCAGAUGCUCGAACGCGCGGCUCACCAGACACUCGCAAUCUGAAGAAAGCCUACAACCAGGCCUCCAAGUCUUGCAAAAGAACACUACGCAGGGCUCGCUACGACCAUAUUGGACGCAUUGGCUCAAAACUUGCUUCUUACCCAGCCGGGUCUAAACCAUUUUGGUCCCUUGCCAAGGCCAUCCAAUCCAACUUCUGUCGCCCCAGCCUGCCACCACUGCUGAAACCCGACGGCUCACUGGCUCACUCUGCUGAGGAAAAGGCGAAUCUUUUUGCCACCCUGUUCGCUGAUAACUCCCGUCUUGACGUUGCAGGCAAAAUACCACCCUCAUUACCCCCUGCCUCCACCACCAUGCGUGAGGUCCGCAUACGACACAAAGAGGAAUUGAACCCAGAAUGUCCAAAUAAAGAGAGCCGAACUCUCCACUACUCCAUGGAGACGUAA